CAAAAAACACCGGAAGUUACUUACAGAACGACCGGAAACGACAUGUCGACUCGAUCGUCCGCGAUGUUUCUAAAGUAUUAAAAUUGACUGUAACUCAUAUGAUGUGAAGCCACUCUAAAGAUACCUGCCUUGAUGUCACAAUGGGCUCUUCACAUGAUUUACUCUUACUCUUGAUGUUUUUGCACUAUGCAGUAGGUCCCACUAAUAGUUGUGUGAAGAUUCUUCCAGACUCCAGCAGUAGCAUUGUUCUUGAGGUGGGAAAAGACUUCACCGCGACAUGUCACCUCCUGGAAGGCUCCGCUUACACCUCAGAUGACAUUGAAUGGAUUUUGGGGAACGUCAGCAUUGCAAAGCAGUCUUACCGCAAAAUAAAUGAAACAUCUGUUAGUGUUACUGUUAACAUCAACAGUAACAUGAGCGGUUGGUUGCGGUGCAGAGCCGCCAAGAAGUCCCUGUCAUACGCACGAACGUGUAUCUAUGGAAUCUUACUCCGUACGGGAUAUCCUCCAUUGAAACCAAAGAAUCUGUCAUGCAUUGCUGUGCAAGAGGACAAGGAUAUUUCCUCUUACUUAAACUGUAGUUGGGAUCCAGGAUCGCGAAACCUGCUGAUCGACACAACUUACACCAUUUAUGCCAACGUACUUGGGUCAGUUCAAACAUAUAAAGCUGACUGUAAUCAGCAUCUUGCAAGAUCCUGCGUCGUCAACCUGGAAACUUUUCCGAUUCAUAUGGUUUUAAAAGUGUGGGUUGAAGUGAAGAAUGCUCUGGGGUCAGAGCGGUCAGAAGAACUUCAAACCGAUUCUUCCUAUUUCGCGAAACCAAAUCCUCCACUGAAUGUCCAAGUCCUCACUGAAGUUAACAUCCCCACAUGUCUCAUGGUUACUUGGAAACAUCCCAUUGACAGGACCAUUCUGAAACUCUCUUAUGCCAUCGAAUACCGCAAAGCAGCAUCUGAUGUUUGGAUCGAGGUGCCGGAGAGCUUCACCAGAGGGUACAUCGAGUCAUUCAGACUGCAGUCUCUGGAGCCGUACACUCAAUAUGUGGUGCAGAUGCGAUGCAUUGGAGAAAGUUAUAGCAGUUACUGGAGUAACUGGAGCCACAGCAUUACAGAGAGCACUGCAGAAGCCAAGCCGGCAAGCGCACCAGAUCUUUGGAGAAUCAUUCAGCCCACUUCUAAUAAUAGAAAAGUCACAUUAAUAUGGAAGGCUCCUGUAAAAGCGAAUGGAAAAAUACUGUUAUAUAACUUGAGUAUCAACCAGGAUAACGAGAUGUUUGAAAGCCACAAUAUAACAGCAGAUAAUCUCAGACAGACGUAUUCGAUGGAGCUGCCAACGGGAAAAAUGGCCAGCAUUGAAAUAACUGCGGUCAAUUCAGUUGGAGUGUCUCCUAAAGCAACUUUGUUCAUUCCAAGAUCAGAUAAAGAGCUUCCUGGCGUGGAGAAUAUGAGCUGGUCGGUGCGUGAUGAAAAGCCGGAGCCGGAGCUGCAGGUGAAGUGGACUGCUGUCCUGCCUCUUCAUCACACCUUACAUCUCUUCGAAUACCUGCUGGAGUGGGUGAAAAUCCCCCAGGCUGUGCAUCAAACAGAGCUGCAGGCCGACUGGCAGAGAGUCCCUAACAAUGUCACCAUCACCACACUAAAUGCUGAUUUGGAGAAAUUCAAGCGGUACAACAUAUCAGUGUAUCCAAUUUACAAGUAUUAUUCAGGACACAUGUGGCACUUCCAAGCAGGACGUCCAGUAACCAGACCAGCCUACAUUCAACAAGGAACUCCAGAAGAGGGUCCUACUGUCACAGUGACUAAAUCCAAGAAGAACAGUGCCGAGCUGACGUGGAAGGAGAUCCCACUGGACAGACAGCGGGGAUUCAUCACCAACUACACCAUAUUCUAUGAGAUCGGGAACACUAAGCAAUGCAAAUCUGUGAUGGUGGGCCCUAAUGUCCAUACAUACGUGCUGAUGGAUCUGGCCAGCGAAACUGAUUACGUGGUUAACGUCGAGGCGUCAACAGAAGCAGGAUCUGUCAAAGGCACGGGUUGUACUUUCAAAACUAUGAAGUACGGCGAUGGAGAGGUGGAGGUGAUUGUUGUGGUGGUUUGCCUCAGCUUCCUGUUCCUGACUGUCUUUAUCAUAAUGCUCUGCCUUCGGAAAAGAGAAGUGCUUAAGAAGCUGUUGUGGCCGCAGGUUCCAGACCCGUCUGACAGCUCCAUUGCCCACUGGUCACCUGAUUUCCCCAUAAAGGCCGACCUGCCCAAAGAAGACGUCAGCGUGGUGGAGGUGGACGUGUUCGACGGCAAGUCCCUGUGCGAGGAAGACAAAGGCGUGCUGCCGCUGAAGAAGGACAAGUAUCUGUCAGAGGAGCACAGCAGCGGCAUCGGAGGCUCGUCCUGCAUGUCCUCGCCCCGCCACAGCGUGUCGGACAGCGACGAGGGCGACUCGGGCCAGACCACGGCCAGCACCGUGCAGUACUCCUCAGUGCGGGCCAGCGGCUACAAGGGCCAGACUCCCAGCCACCAGCCUCCGGCGUUCGCUCGCUCCGAGUCCACACAGCCGCUGCUGGACUGCGAGGAGCAUCCGGACCAUCUCAACGAGAGCCACUCCAGGAGCUCGUACUUCAGACGCGGCCAAGAGCUGGAGCCCGGCGUCCUCGCUCCGGAGUGUGACGGAGGCUCCCUGACCUUCUGUCCGGUGCAGGAGGAGGAGGCGUCUCCCAUCGCCGAGGAUCCACCCGCCUCCGCCUUGUGUUACAUGCCGCAGAAGAGCGGCUACCGACCUCAGUAAAAGACACUGGCGCUUU